AUGUCGGGCCAUUUCCCACGCUUGAACCUAGACCGUCCGGCGGAUCUAGAUCAUGUACUUCGUGCUAUCGAUCAGCAUGCCCACAAAGUGGCACAGAUGGAGUUUGGAAGCGAACUGGAGCGCGACAAGGCGCUCAGAGCCUUGGUGAACAAGACGUUUAAAAGGUUGACAGGAGCGGCCAAGGCCAAGAUCGAGCGAAACCUUCUAUACAAUGGCAUGUCACCAAGCGAGUUUGCGCGGCAUAGCAAAGGGGUCGAACCCUUCGACGAGGAUCUCUCAAGACGGCUGCAGGUGCUCAAUGACCAAGCCAAUACCUUGACGACAGAGGUGAUUGGAUUCCGCAAGGCGCUUCCAGCGCGUAGAGCGGAAGCAAUGGAAAAGCGAGCUGCCGUCAUUCGAGCAUUGGAGGCCAAGAAGGAGGAGCAGCGUCGCAACGCCGAGAAGGAGCACGCCCAACAGCUACGAGAGCAGAGCAAACCGGUCAACAUCGAUCUCAAGAGGAAGGCCGAGGUGGCAGGCACACUCAAGCAAUCGGUUGUCGACAUUACGGGUCUACAAGUUUCCAUUCUCGAGCAGGCGACGGCAGCGACUGAACAAGUCAAGCUGGUCAAACGCUUGCGGACAAUGCCUUUGUGA